CACGAAUCGCAUCGCACCACACACAAUUGAUUCCUCUUCUCCUGUCGACUAAAGCAUUUACGUCAGUGCCUAUUCAAACUCCCAAACACACAUAUCCAGGACGCGCAGCCACACCCACAAUGAUUACCGACAGCCAACUCUACUCGCUCGCCAUCUUCCUCGGAAGCGCAGCUAUGCUCCUUAUCGUCCUAUAUCACUUUCUUGAGGUCAACUCAGAAGAGCACGCUGCUGCGGAGAAGCCCAAGGUUGCGGCUGGAAAGGCAAGAAGCUAGAUGUCAUGGUCGACGCGUGUACGAUACGAAGCGCGUUGAUUCAUAAGCUGGCCGAGAAGAGCAGUUUCAUGUUCGGGAAACUUCAAUCACCAUAAGCAUGCUAUACAGCACGGAGUUCAGGCGCACACAUGGAGGACAAUUGAAUUGGAAAGGGUGGAAGAUCAGUCAUUACACCAAUGCAGCAACUCUGGCUCCUAGCCAAAUUACCUGCGUGAAGCUGCUCGUAUCAAGUCUUUCAGACCUCCUUACUAAGGGUAUAUGCAUGGUAAAAC